AUGUUUAUGCUCAGGGUGGCGAUGAGUCCGGAAUGCGUUGCCCUUUGGAGCAGAGAUGAGAAAAAUCUAGAACAAACAGAAUUAGCGGAAAGAGAUCCCGACAUUGAUUCCUUACCACCAAUACUCUUUAAUGGACGGAUUAACAUUCUAAAUGACUUCUAUGAUAUCGCUGAAAAAUGUGACGCAAUGUUACAUAGAAUAGAUACAACCGAGGAAAAAAUCGUGCCAAUAGGCUUUGAUUUGGAAUGGCCCUUCAGUUUCCAAACUGGGAGUGGAAAAACAGCAUUGGCGCAAAUUUGUCUCUCCGAAGAACUUUGCUACCUUUUCCACAUCUACGACAUAUUGAAAUUGCCAACCUCGUUUAUAAUGUUAUUGAGUCAUCCAAAAGUUAAACUCGUUGGCGUAAAUAUAAAAAAUGAUAUCUGGAAACUAGGUCGUGACUUUACGGAGUUUCCGGCAAAAAAAGUCGUUGAGAACAAUUGCUUUGAUUGUGGACCAUUCGCGAACAUAGUUUACAAGCGUUCGUGUCGGUGGAGUUUGGAACGACUGACGGCCUAUGUGUUGCGGAAGAAAAUUAGCAAAAACUCACAAGUUAGAAGAAGUAAAUGGCAUAUUCAGCCGCUAAACGAUGCACAGAAAUUAUACGCAGCAACUGAUGCUUACGUAUCAUUGUUGCUUCACAUGACAAUCCAAAAAAAAGCAGACAGGUUGACACUUUCUGAAAAAACUGAAAACAUCAAUUCAGAGUGAAAUCUCUUUAAAAUUAAUCAUGGAGCACAUUCAAAAGCGUAAACAUUGUUGGCAGGACAUCGUCGACAUUUUCGUCGUAACAAAUGUAUGAUAAUCAAUUUAUUAACUUCAUUACCAUUAUGUGGAGCUAAACUGGGUUAAAGCUAUUUUCAAUAGUAGUAGGUGUUAUUUGUGUCGACCGGCGUAGUAGUUAAUAAGAAAUGUGGAAGUUUUUCUGACUACUGGUCAAAUAAUUACGAUUUUUUAAACAUUUUUGAUUGAAGUUCAGGCGUGAGGGCAUUUAGAAAAAGCAGAAGAGAUCUUUAGUUCUCGAAUUUCUUACGUAAUUAAUGAACACUCCUGCUUGACUUACGAUUCUUAUUUUUUAAAUAAUUACAACUUUGUACAUUAGUAACUUGGUACAGUUUCAAUAAGAAGAAACUUUUAAUCUCGUAUAAAUAAGUCACCUUAAUCGAUUUUCCCAUAUUAAAGUUUGAUUUGCACUACACUGGCAUAAUUUAUUAAGAUAUUUUUUGUCCUUUUGCUAGAUUUAGCCAAUACGAAAAAUUAUAAGGAAUAUUUCAUUAAGUCAUAUAUGCCACGCAUAAGUAUAAAAAAAUAACAGCUUAACUAUUCUUAUUCAUUUUAAGAUUAAUGUCAUAGUGGGAGUAGAGAGGGUAAAACGAGCAGUUAGGCCCGGACCAAAUGGACACUGUCCCCUUGGACACCCUGCGGCUUAUCACGUUUUUAUUACUAUACUGAACCAUGCACUGUCGUGCAAAUCCUAUUAACAGGAUGUGUAAGGGAUUUUUAAAUAAUGUUUGGGUCAAUAAAUCCAUUUUCGUCAAAAUGCCCUUGGCUCCUUUUGAACUACCACCAUUCAAGUAUCUUUUAUAGAUUCAAAUAAGAAACAUUGGCAUGCAAUAUAUAUGUCAUAAGUCGACUUAAAUGAAUAUAUUUGCAUUUUCGCCCGUUCUUAUUUCGCGAAUAAUCGCGAAUGUCUAAUCGGGUGUUACUCUUUUCAUAAGGGUCAACUUUGAAUCUUGCGUUGAUAAGUAUCCUUUUAUCGAAUUAAAUAUGGAACAUUGUGAUGUAAUGUAUACUCAUUUGUCAUAAGUCGUCUUCUUAAAUGAAUAUAUUUGCAUCCUCGCCCAUUCUUGUUUCACGAAUAAUCGCAAAUGCUUAAAUCAGAUGUUUCUCUUUUAAUAAGAGUCAACUUUUAAUCUAAUAUUAUUAAGUAUCCUUUGAUACUUAAUAAAAGAGAAAGCUAAACUAAAUGCCCUAACUCUGAGUAUAGGGAUUGAAUAAUCGCAAAUGUCUUUAUCAGGUGUUACUCUUUAAAUAAGAAAUAACUUUUAAUCUUGCCCUAAUAAGUAUCCAUUAAUCGAAUUAAAUAUGGAACAUUGGCAUGCAAUAUAUAUUCAUUUGUCAUAAGUCGUCUUCUUAAAUGAAUAUACGAGGGGUGU